AUGAGACUAGCGGUGCUGUCGGACGACAAGGUGGGCGCCUUGCGCAAGGUCGUGGUCUUCCGCACGCUGGCACCUGACCAGCUGCAGAGGCUGGCGGAAGCCUUGGAGGUCAUCAAGAAGAAGCCUGGAGACAUGGUUUUCAACCAAGGUGAGUUUGGCCAGGAGUUCUACAUCAUCCACACUGGGCUCUUAGAGGUGUCAAUUGAUGGCCGCAAAGUGCGAACGCUGGGCAUGGGAGACUAUGUCGGUGAGCGAGCUUUGCUUUUCCACGGCCCGCGCACGGCAACGGUCAAAGUUGUAGAGGACUGCGAACUGUGGAUGAUGGGCUUUGAUGACUUCAAUCAGGCGGUGCAAGGUCCGAUCUUGGAGUACAUGAAGGCGCGAAUUGCGCUGCAGAACACCAAGAUAGACCUGGAUUCGCUGACGUGCCUGCGAGUGAUUGGAAGAGGCGGAUUUGGAGUUGUGAAGAUGGUUCAGUCCAAGACUAGCGACACCAGGUAUGCUUUGAAGUGCGUCAGCAAAAAACAAGCUGUGGAACAGAAGCAGCAAAAGGCGUUGGCGCACGAAAGAAACAUUCUGGCAGAACUGGACCACCCGUUCAUCAUCAAGUUCGUGCGGUCAUUCAACAGCGCUCGACACGUGUACUUCCUCACUGAAUUAGUCACUGGGGGAGAGCUGUUGGAUGCGCUAGACGCUCUAGGCCUGCUUCAAGCGCCUCAGGCCCAGUUCUACUCCGCAUCCAUCAUCCUCGCCUUAGAGUUCCUGCAUGAACGCAGAAUAGCAUAUCUUGAUCUCAAAGGGGAGAACUGCCUCAUCGACCAGCAUGGCUACCUCAAGAUCAUCGAUUUUGGCGUAGCCGAGCGGAUAACAGAUGGUCGAAUUUACGCAGUCAAGGGCACGCCGCUCUUCAUGGCACCGGAGGUAAUCCUUGGAAAGGGAUAUACCACCUCGGCUGACCUGUGGAGUCUAGGCGUUUGCCUUUUCGACUUCAUGGUCGGCUCAUUCCCAUUUGGCGACGAUCAGGCGAGCAAUGCCGAGAUCUUCAAAGCCGUCCUCAAGGCACCGCUGAAGUUCCCAAAAUGGCUGGGCGUGCAUGAGAAGGACGCCAAGGAGCUGAUGAAGGCUCUGCUGUGCAGAGAUCCUGCGAAGCGCCUUGGCGCGGGGCAGCGCGGCUACGAAGAUCUGAAGGAGCACCCCUUCUAUGCGGGCUUCAGAUGGGAGGGGCUUCUGGCGCGACAGCUGGACCCACCCUUCAAGCCAAAGGGUGAGACUUAUGCCGAAGAUGCAGAAAUCGGCAAGGACGUGGAGCCAGGAACGCUCACGGUUCUCGAGGAGGAUGGUGCAG